UAUUCUUUUUUAUUAUUGUAUAAUUUUCAAGUGGAUUGAUGUAUUCUACUCAGUGUUCCAAAACAGAAGACUCGGAUAAACUUUCGGCCACUGUCACAUCUGUUAUGAAUAUGCACAGAGUCUCAUUGAAAACAGACGAGGAAAACUUAGAAAGUAGUGACUACACUUUGACUAAUAUUCAAAGUCGUCAUCCCCCUGAUGGUUCAGAAAAUCCGACAGUAAGCGGAUCUGAUAGUUGGAAGAGAAAGUCAAAGGAAGAAGAGAACGCAAAUUAUACAACGACACUUUCUUCUAACUUGCUUGCAACUCCAAGUAAUGAGGGAAGCAGUUUACUAUCUCCUAGAAUCCUAACUGAAUAUAUUCCCACACAAUCAACACCUUUGAUAUUUGAAGAUAUUGGUUUGGACGUCGGGACACUUGAAUCUAUUUUACAACUUCCUCCUUCGAUAGCUUUGCGCUUUGCAACCAAAGCAGAAGAAAGCACUACCAGAAGUGUGAACAUUCUGGUGUUUGGAAAAAGAGGAAGUGGAAAGACGACGCUUAUUAAUUCUCUUCUGGGUCAGCAAUUGGGUCAUACGGAUGCCUUUCGAGUAGGUACCAACAGCAUUGAACAAGUCUUGGAUAAGUUGAAAGCUACAGACACAAGCAUAUGUUUCAUUGACACACCUGGAAUUGAUGAUAAUUCAUCAAGUUUUGUUAUAUUGGAUAAUAUUGUGGAUUAUAUUCGAAAUCGUCCCAUACACGCUAUACUUUAUGUUGAAAGGCUUUCAGACUCCAGAUUGUCUUCAUUUUCCUUGAAAGUAAUUGAGACCAUUACAAAAAAGUUGGGCUCCAGAGUUUGGAGAAAAGUCAUCAUUGUUUUUACUUUUGGUUAUAUAUUUCCUCCCAUUGAAUAUAGUUUUGAAGAAUUUGUGAGAACAAGAGCGACGAGUUUAAGGCGCAUGAUUCGAGAUGCAAUAGAUGAUCAAGAACUUCAACUACCUGUUGCUUUAUCAGAAACCUCGAAACUUUGUCCCACGAAUGAUCAAGGACUAAAAAUACUUCCUGACGGAAUUGCAUGGUUUCCCGCUUUGAUGGAUAUACUUUGUCGUCGUAUAUUAUACGGUGUUCCUUUGACAUAUUCUGCAACUGAACAAGUUUCUUGGAAUCAAACUUUAUCAAAGGAGCGAUGGUUGAUAAUCAGUGCAGCAGUAUUAGGAGGUUUUAUUUCCAGAACUUUAUUUGCCAGUCAGAAUAAUGUUGAUAAUUCCAGUCAACAAGGCAAGUCAUACCAAGUUAAACGAAAAUACAACAACAAAAAUCAUACGGGGACUGCAAUGGACCAAAAAAGUCCUUUUUGGUGGCUAUUCAAAUCAUAGUUUUAUUCAGUUGUUUGGUUGUUUCCGCGUUUGAGUUCCUUAAUUACGGAAGCAAGAGCGUAGGGGUCAAAACCUUGUUCUAAUAGUUCAAUGGCUACUUGUAAAGUUUCUCGGUCCAAGCCUGUUUCUAAAAGCUUUGCUAUUUCGUAGGACACUAAAAAUAUGGUUGAUUUUUUCAC